CCGCCCGGCGGGCGGGGCGCUUCCGGCGGAGCCGCGAGCGCGGCAGGACUCAGUGGAGGCCCGGCCGGGGAUCAUGGGCACGGCGGGAGGAGCUGCUUUGCGGCUGCCGGGGCUGCACGGCUACGCGGUGGAAUUCUCGCCCUACUGGCCAGGACGCGUGGCUUGCGCCGCCGCGCAGUACUACGGCAUCGCAGGCUGUGGGACUCUGGCAGUGCUGGAACAAAAUGAAGCUGGCAUUGCUCUGCUCAGAAGUUUUGACUGGAAUGAUGGCCUGUUUGAUGUGACCUGGAGUGAGAAUAAUGAACAUGUGUUGAUCACUUCUAGUGGAGAUGGAUCUCUGCAAAUCUGGGAUACAGCUAAAGCCAAAGGUCCGCUGCAAGUCUAUAAAGAGCACACUCAGGAGGCAUAUAGUGUUGACUGGAGCCAAACUAGAGGAGAGCAGCUAGUGGUGUCUGGUUCAUGGGAUCAAACAGCGAAGCUGUGGGAUCCAGCUGUGGGGAAGUCAUUAUGCACUUUUAAAGGCCACGAAGGUGUCAUUUACAGCACUAUAUGGUCUCCACACAUCCCAGGUUGUUUUGCAUCUGCAUCAGGGGACCAGACUAUAAGAGUUUGGGAUGUGAAAGCCCCACGAGUCAAACUUGUGAUACCAGCCCACGAGGCUGAGAUUUUGAGCUGUGACUGGUGCAAAUAUGAUGAGAACUUGCUGGUAACUGGUGCAGUUGACUGUAGCUUGAAAGGCUGGGAUUUGCGGAACAUCCGACAACCAGUGUUCAUCUUGCUUGGUCAUACCUAUGCUAUCAGAAGAGUAAAAUUUUCACCAUUCCAUGCAACCUUAUUGGCCUCUUGCUCCUAUGAUUUUACUGUGAGAUUCUGGGACUUUUCCAAGCCUAACCCUUUGCUGGAAACAGUCGAGCAUCAUACUGAAUUUACAUGUGGACUGGACUUAAGUCUUCACAACCGUGGUCAGGUUGUGGACUGUGCUUGGGACGAGCUAGUCAAGAUCUAUACUCCAUCGUGUCUGGCAGUUCCUGUCUAGAGAAAAAGUGAAGAACACACCAGGAAAAUUUAUUUCUUGACCCACAACCGGACUUGUGCUGAAGUGUCAACUGUGUCACUAAUCUUAGUGUCUCUUUCUAAGUAAAACUCUGCUUGAAUGGAGUGUUGUGCACUUAAGCUUGUGGAGAUUUCAGGGCUUGGGUUACUGCACAGGAGCCAGCAAAAAUGAAAGGCCGAAGAAUGGCUGUAGCAGACACAAGCUGGUGUCUUUAAAGUAAAAUCACACAAUUUUGUGAUCUGUCUGGCUAAUGAUGGGAGCAGAGGCCUGAAUCUUCUUGAUCCUUAUGCAGAUUAACUGGUAUUUUGAGAUAAUGGCGCUGUGGAAAAGAAAAAAGUGGCUUUUCAUGGUCAAGUACUGUAAUGUCAACUGAGAUUUGUAUCACUCAGAUGCAUUUACAUUUUUAUGUUUUGCUGUGACUCACAUUGUAUUAUUUUCUUGUGCAAUAUGAAGAAUACUUUUGAUAAAGAGUAAAUGUCAUAGUUUAUAGCCAGCUGAUUUGUUUGACCUUUGUGAUGGCCGCUUAACAAAGAUAGUAAAGAUUAUUUUCAUACAUUUUUUCUGUUAGAUGUCCUUUAGUAAAACAAUUGAUGGGAAAAGAUACUCUGAUGAUAGAGAAAACACUUAGGAAAAAAUGAAAUAUAUACAAAAUAAUUGGAUCACAAUCCUCAAGAUUUAGAGAUAGGACAACCAUCUCCUCUAUUAGACUUCUGCUUGCACUUUUAGAAAGUUUUCUCCAAGAGACAGAAGAGGCCAUGUAUUCAAUUUUUCUGAACCUCUGACAGCCUGGCCAAACUGAGAGCUGAUGUCCAGACCAGCUGAACCUACAGAUUAACCGCAUGACAUAAGCAUAGCAGAUCCAGUGUGGCCAAGCUAUUUUACUUAGAAGAAUAUGCGCAACAUGUCAUAGGUUAGUCGAGUACUUUGCAUGCUUACUUUGACUCUUCAGCCCAUGUGCUGGGAUUUUCAUUUGAGUUUUUCUGAGGUGAUUAGAGACGUUCAGUUUCUGUGCUUCUCCAGUCUCCUUGAAUACUCUUUCAGGAUCCAGCUGUGAUACUCCUGCAGUUCUCAUGGGUAUAUGCUAGGCUUCUCUCCUCAUUUCCUUCCUGCUAUUUUUUUGUUUGUUUGUUUAUUUGUUUGUUUUUAACCUGUCUGCUCUUACCCCUUAUCAACAAUCUUUACCAUCAAAAGACGCUUUGCAGGUUGGGCGUUUACAGAUCUUUGGUUAGGUUUUCAUAGUCUCCUGUUAAUGAAUGCUGUAUACUUCUGGGUUGCAGCACUCAUAUAUCAAGCAAUAGCAGACACUGCCAGAUCUUCUGGAUGCUUUGAAGAAAGGAAGAAUAAUUCAGCAGAACUAAGCCCUGCAAGUUGCAAGGAAAGAAUGUGCCAUCUUGGUGAAAGAGCCAGGGUACUAGCAGGUAGCCACAGGGAAAUACACAAGUAUUGAUUUGGUGCUAGGACAAGACAGAAAGAAACCCUCUUCUGCAACAUGAGAAUUUAGAUUCUGAUAGGAUCUUCUUAUUUUCUUGGUCAGUGCAAACUGACUGCAGAAUGCCAUCUUCUGAAGCUGAAUUAAAAACAAACAGUAUUUUCUUUUUUGUGACAGUGUGUUGCACCAAAUCCCAAAGGUUCACUGCACUUUAAUUAUGUUUGCUGAGGAGCGAUGCAACAAUAAAGCUCUAUUCUGUACAGUUUUCAGCAAUACAGUGGGCCAUAAAAUCUAAUUUUAGGGAUUAAAAUUGAUUAUUCCAACUUGAAUAGUUUCCCCACUCUUGUGCUUUACCUCCCUUGUCUGCUUAGACUGCAAGGUACUUGUCUGAAUGAGUGGAACAUUUUGAUGCUGGGUAUGUAUUUUAGAUGCAUGUAGGGAGGAAAAUGGUGCCAUAGCCUGUCAGUUGCAAGGGCAAAUUUAGAAUACCUUGCACGGGGAGGGGGAAGGGAAAAAGAAUGGAAUUCUGAACACACGCACACAUACACAACACAUGGAUUAAACCUUUCUUAACUGCCUCCUCUACCCUCAUGUCCUGGUUAGCUUCAGUACUGAGGGUUGCAGCAUCCGGAUGCAAUUCUCUUGAAAAAUAAGUGCAUCCAGAAAAUGCACGUAGUAAAUAAAAACUGUGGCCUUUGAUCUUCCUAUGUGAUCUUGUCAUGGACAGAAUGUGCUGUAACAUUUCUGCACUGUAACAGAAAAAACGAUCUGGCAAUAGUUGUUGCUGAUUCUUAAUUCUCAGGGAAUGUUUGCUGUAAUUGUUAUAAAGAAAUACUUUUGAUUUUAUGACCAUAAUACUAGCUUCUGAACUUCUUUUCAUUUACUGAAAUGGACCUUUAGCAGCAACAAUCUUAAAAGACGUGUUCUACUUUUAAACUUGCUCCUGUGGAAGAUUUUUUUUAUGGAAGCCCAUAGGUUUCUCUUCGGUUCAUAAAACAUAUUGAUUCAUCAUGUUCUAAAGGAGUGGAUUUGCUGUUCUAUAAUGCUGUUGAAUUAAUUGCACACAGUGUUUUGGCUGCUCUCACGUUCACAUCUCCAAUUGCGAAUCAUUGAUCAAAAAGUAACUGCCGUGAAAGAUACUGACAGCAUCUUAUAGAGUAUCAUAAUCAUGAU